ACGUCCGGGUGUGUGCGUUCGAUACUCCGUCGCUGCACUGGCGACGAGAAAACAACGUCAUACGUCGCCCGCCGCACGGGCUCCGCGCUGGGUCAUUUUCCGAGGCUUUUCAUUCACGUAAAAAGUAGGUUCCAGUUUUAAAACGCGUUAGCAACGCUCGUGCACGGCAACAAUAGUUUCUGCGGGAAAACAGCAUAAAAACAGAAACCACAGAUCUGCGCUCCCAACGACGUCGAGAACGUAAUUGUCUUGUUGCGAUUUUCACUGCACGCGCCGACCUGGUGACCGGUUCGUUGCGGUCGUGUUACAUACAUUCGCUCCAAGGCGCGUCGAUUAGAAUAAUUGUGAUUUUCAUGGAUCCUGUCGUCAAAAGAAAAAAGUUGUUUUGUUUAAUUUCCAUAUUUCUCGUGUAUUGACGUUUCAUUGGGAUGCUGGCGACGCACGUCUCGCUCUUGCGCACAGUCGCAGCUAGUGCCGUUCCCUUCGCACGCAUGGUCCGGUGCUUAUCAUGUCUAGUUUUUGUUUACAUCUUUUAUGAAUGAAUGUAGUUGUGCUACACUGGGCAACAAAGUCGAGGAGUGUCGUGUUGCGAGGCGAGCAGAGGAAUUAGCCGAAAUCAUAAACAUAUUUACAUUGCGAUAAGGUGAAGCGGUGGCGGCGGAGUGCCUUGAAAUGCGUGAUUAAAAAUGUCUUCAUAAACACAAUUAUAAACUGAAAUGAAUUAAAUUCAUACAAGGCUGCUAAGGAGCUAAAAGUUCCUCCUAAAUUUAUUUACUAGAGUCAAUUUGAACGUUCUCGUUAAAAUACUUACAAAGUUUAAGAAAAAUGUCAAUAGGAUCAAUAUACGUUUUCAACUACAAAACAAAAGAAUUUGAUACAGUUCCUUUUCGCUCAGACGACACUAGCGAAUCAAUAUGCAUUUCCAUGAGCAAAAGGCUCAACAUUGCUCCAGUGACGAGGCUCCUUUUUGGUCUUCGUCUUACCGGUACGCAAACUUGGAUGCCAUUAUCGCACAGUCUACAGUCUGGCAUUAAGUAUGAUUUUCGAAUGCGGUUCAAAAUUCCCCAACUGACGACACUGAAGAAGUUCGAUUUACCCACCUACGACUAUUUCUACCAUCAAGUCCGAUAUGAUUUGGUCAACGACAAAAUACCGGAAAUCAAAUAUCCAGCUUUCAAGGACAAUGUUUUGGGUUUGGGCGUGGUCGAUAUGUACAUUGACAUGAUCGAAAAGAGUAUGUCAAUCGAAGACCUCGAAAAGAACUACAAACGCUACAUCCCAAAGGAAUUAGUUCGAAAUCAUUUAUACUUUGCCAAACGAAUAAUUCAAAAAGGGCUCCGGGAUAUUAAGAAGAAGGACCAUGAUAUUUUCUAUGUGAAAGGGACCUAUUUGGAAACGGUAAAAAAUUUGGCACCCAAUUAUUUAAUCGAAGAAUAUCACGGGAAAGCUGAUUAUUUGCCCGAAGAUGAGUUCGAAAGCGGAACAUGUCCUGUGACUAUUGAAUUUAAUCCAUUCCAUGAGGAGCAACCAGGACUACGAGUGUACUAUAAUUAUAAAAAAGAGUGGAAGCAUAUAACUCGCCUUGAAAAUAUUUAUUCGAUGUGUAGAGAAUCUGAAGAUGUAGUUAGCUUGGAAUUAAGUGAACACCCCAAUGGCUUUAAGUUGUAUUUUAAUAAUAUUGCGGACUUGGAGUCCUUUAUUACAUACGUAGCUGGUUAUUAUAGACUGAGUGUUAAAUGGACUGAAGAUUUAUGUACACGUUAUACAACGCCGUCACUACAAGAACUGAAGGAAUUGAAAUGCCAUGGUCCGAUUGGUGGUGAAUUUUCGUAUGCUACAAUUCGUGAGAAGAGCAACCGUGAAGGUAGUUGUAUAGUCCGUCAAUGCGAAAAAAAUUACGAUACGUACUUUAUUGAUAUCAAUACGAAAGGCCCGCAGACUGAAACAUUCAAAAUAACCCGACAUGGCCAACAAUGGAUUCUGCACAUACAAGAAUGUGAGCGGGCCUUUGACAGGCUGUCCGAUUUAAUUCAAAGUAUAGAUACAAAGUCAUCGUUGAAAUUCCGCAUACCUAUGUCAAAAUAUGAUAAGCCCCCCCUCCUGCUGAUAUGUUUACCAAGAAAUCAAAUAACAAGCAACAAGUUCGUUACUAAAGUAAGUGAGGCUGAUUUACAUCGAAACCGUGUUCAAAUUAUUGAUCCGAAGAUUGAUCUACGAUGGUACAAAAAUUCACAACGAUUGUGCGAGGAUGGACGAAUGAUACAGAUGCGUGCUGAUUGGCUUCUGCGUGAUCAUACAAAUUUGAGCGUUACUUUGAAAAUGUUGAAGUUUGAUAAGGAUUUCAAUGAUUUCAUGCAGCUUGCGAAUCGUUGGAGCAAAAUGUACUCAAUAGAAUUUCUUAAAUUAUAUGGAUUGACUUUAUCGACGCCGUAUACUUUAGUGAUGGAACAUUCUCCAUUCGGUCCUCUAAAUAAAUUUCUAUUAGGCAAAGAAUCGAUACCGCUGCUGUGCCUUCUAGAAGCCGUACAUUCACUUGCCCGUGCAGUAGUCUAUAUGCAAGAGAAAAGAAUCAUACACGGUUUUAUACGUUGCUCCAAACUUCAAGUUAUCAAAUUCAAUGCUGGAGCGAAUCUACUUCUAGUAAAGUUAGCUGACCCAGGUUUUCCAAAACCUUAUAACAUGCAAGACAUGCCAUGGAUUCCUUGUGAAUACUAUGAUAAUCCUCAAUUAGCCAAAGAAGAUCUCGCAGCGGAAUUAUGGGCCUUCGCCACAACUGUACUUGAAAUUUUCUCACAAGGACGCUCACCCCAAUACAGUAGAGAUGAAUUGCCACAUCUGAGAGAUAAUUACGACAGAAAUAAUGGACUUGCGCCAGUAUCAUGCCCUAAUUGUCCAGCGCAAAUCUUGGCCAUAAUACGUGAUGGAUGGAGUAAAGAUCCUGACAAAAGAUUCUCGCAACAGAACAUAUUUGCUCGACUAUCCUCCGCCAAACAAGCUUUGACGCCAAACUAUGCGCGCCCGAAAAUACCUGAUGAUAACGACGAAACAGCUUCCUUGCGUUCGGAAAGUGACUAUUCCGAUACUACUGAAGAAAUUUAUCUUAAUGGUCAUAGCGAUAGUGAAAGUAUAGAAAGGACUCCACAGUUGAAUUCAGCCGUAAGUCAUCACGCUUUUGAUAUGACGAAUUCAGUGCAUCUCCUGAAAAAUGGAAAAUUAACAUGCGAGCAUAAAAUAGGAGAGGGCCAUUACGGUCUCGUUUUCAAAGGGGUGUAUCAACUCAAAAACAGAAAAGAUCCGAUCCCUGUGGCUAUAAAGACUUUAAACGAAAGAAACCACGCCCGUGAUUUCAAACGCGAAAUUCGCAUUAUGCAAACCCUGAAGCAUCCAAAUAUUGUCCGAAUCUUGGAUCACGUUGAUGACGGGACCACACAGUCAAUCAUCAUGGAGUAUAUUGAAUGUGGUGCGUUUUCAAUAUAUCUAUCUGCAAAUAAACCUCGACUGACUAACGAACGCUUACUGCGUUUUGCAUAUGACAUAGCAAAGGGAAUGCAUUAUCUACGUACACAAAAUGUUAUCCAUAGAGAUUUAGCAGCUCGUAAUAUUCUCGUUGGAAAUGAUUGCCUGAAGAUUUCCGAUUUUGGUUUAGCACAAUUUGCCGAUAGAGAUGGUUACUAUUAUACACAAAAUAGAUAUAGAGACUUGCCAGUGCUGUGGUACUCCCUAGAAGCACUUAGAACGAAUAAGUUUUCAUUCCAAUCGGACGUUUGGUCUUAUGGUGUAACUUUGUUCGAGGUAUUUUCUCGCGGACAACCUCCUGAAUUCACAAAUGGUGGCGAAAUCGACGCUGCAACUGUAAUUAGCAAACUUGAACUUGGUGAAAGACUGCCCCGACCGGAACUAUGUACUGAAAAUAUAUACAAUGAACUGAUGGUGCCAUGCUGGCACGUUGAUCCGAAACGCCGACCGGAUUUCCAUGAAAUAAUGGGAAAAAUCGAAGUUAUUCUCAGCGAUUAUGGCGAGGUCAUAUUAUAAGAUUUUGAAGUUAGGUAGUUAGAAUAUCGUUUUCAAAGAAAUAAUGUAAAAGUGCGCGAAGAAGUGAUUCUAUUGUUAUCUCGAAAAGCUUUACUUGAAGUCUGUAUUGUAUUUUUUAUUACUUUUAACAAGAUGCAAAGUGAAUGAUACAACCCAACGGUUUUAACAGGUUGGCAGGAUUCUAGAAAUAAUAGACCCACGCAGUAAAUAUUGUUGCAUUUGCAGUGUUGAAUUACCCUUGACAUCCAAACGGAGAGCAAGUUGUCUACAUACAUAGCGGGCAACAUUUUUAUGUGAUAUCUUUUCCUUAUAAAUUGUCAAAUGAAGAUCAUUUCGAAAAAAACUUUUUCAAAUCAUAAUUCAUUCUCUUAAAUAUUGAAAGUGAAUUCGAAUAAGUUCACACUAAAAAGAGCAAGAAUUUACUGUAUUUUAAUUGCACAGAAGCGCGACGGUUUUCCAACUUCACUAUAUAAAUUGGAGGUAUUUGCUCCGGCAACUACGCAAAUAAUUCGGCGACUAAACGUGUUAGAACCAAAGUUGGCAUAGAAUGAUUUUAUGCAAUAGAUGUUGAAUAAUGUGUAUAUACUGUAAAUAUUAUUUUGUAUGGUUUUUCAAUAUUCUGAAAAACGUUUCUUGUAAAAUAAUCUCAUUUCAACAAAGAAUUUAUUUAGGACUUCCGUUAAAUUUGUUUAUAUACGCAAUCAUUUAUGUUCUUAUUUUUAAUUAGUAAAUUAGCUAAGUUUAGUUAAAUCCGACAACAUCUAUUUGUGGUUGAUACAAAAAUAUACAUAGGGAUACCAUUGAAAGGUAUAUAAAUACAAUUAUUUUGUUGAAAAUAUAA